UUUCAGCCUUUCUUCCCAAUGUUUCACACCCACAUAAAUAUAUUUGAUCAAUUUCGUUAUUUAAACUGGGGUGUUAAAUUAGUUCAAAUUGCAUCACAAAAUUUAUUCCCGAAUCGAUCGAUAUCUACACGCUCCAAAGUCCACUCCUCCUAACACAAACUGGCUCUCCUCUCUCUCUCUCUCUCCCUCUCCCUCUCUCCCUCUCUCCCUCUCUCUCUAUUUGCAGAUUGUUUGCAAACUUCGAGCAAUGAGAACGGAACGGAUGAAUUCUAAGGGCUCAUGGCCAAAGCUGGUCGUCAGAAAAUUGUUGAACAUAAGGAGCGGUGCCGAUGAAUUUCAUUCGGACUGCGCGGUAACUGGUAUGAUGGAUAAAGUUGAACGGAGAAGGAAGAGUUGUUCAGAUCAAGGCUCCCACGUCGUUGUGCCGGAGGAUUUUGCUGAGGGUUGGUUACUCGAAGCCCGUAAUGGAAUUGAAAGCCCAACACUUGAACUGGAUGGAGCCGCAGCAGCGUCAGAUAACCGCGACCUUAGGAUGUUCGUGGCGACGUGGAAUGUAGGUGGCAAGUCACCGCAUGAGGGAUUGACUUUGGGCGAUUGGUUGAGAACAUCGACACCGGCUGACAUCUAUGUGCUUGGCUUUCAGGAGAUCGUGCCUCUUAAUGCCGGUAACGUACUGGGUGCGGAGGACAGCGGUCCAUCUGCCAAAUGGCUUUCUCUGAUUCGCCAAGCUCUCAAUGGAAAUCACCAUUCAGCCACUGAUGAUUCCCCGCCGGAAGAUUCAACUUUACCCGCCUCACAAUCCCCACAUGACCGGCGACAAUUUGCUGCAAAACCAGGGGUCAACUCCUCGGACAUGCUCUCACCGGAAAAUGGAAUAGACCAGCAAGAAGGGUUGGAAAGAUACUUGAGUUUGAAUGAUCCGAAUAAUUCAUUUGCAAGUGAAGAAGCUUCAGCAGCCAGUCCAUCGGCCGUGUCAACAGGGCCCAGUAGUCCGAAUGGGAUUAAAUACUGCUUGGCGGCCAGCAAGCAGAUGGUAGGAAUAUUUUUAUGCGUGUGGGUACGUUCAGAUUUGCGCAAGCACAUUUCCAGUUUGAAGGUUUCCUGCGUUGGGAGAGGCAUCAUGGGAUACCUUGGAAAUAAGGGAUCAAUAUCAAUGAGUAUGAUAUUGCAUCGGACGAGUUUCUGCUUCGUUUGUACUCACUUGGCCUCUGGAGAGAGAGAGGGUGAUGAGAUAAAAAGGAAUUCGGAUGUGAUAGAGAUUUUGAGGAAGACAAGGUUCUCUCACCCCUGCGGAAUACCAAUGCCGGGAAAACCAGUUCCACCGGAUGGAAUUUUGAAUCAUGAAAAGAUAAUAUGGCUUGGGGAUUUAAAUUAUCGACUUGCACCUAAUCCUAAUGGUGGAGACGCAAUUGAGCUACUCAAAAAGAACGACUGGCAAGCACUCCUAGAGAAGGAUCAGUUAAGAAUUGAACAAAGGGCUGGUCGUGUUUUCAUUGGUUGGGAAGAAGGCAAGAUUUACUUUGCACCAACAUACAAAUACCUCAAAGAUUCUGACACCUACGUUCUUCAAACCGCCACGUCUAAAGAGAAGCGGCGCACUCCUGCUUGGUGUGACAGGAUACUGUGGAAGGGGGAGGGACUAAAGCAGUUGUGGUAUGCAAGGGGGGAAUCAAAAUUUUCUGAUCACAGGCCAGUUAAUUCACUUUUCUCAGUGCAAGUAAAUGUAUCCCAAACAAAAAAAGUAAAUGUAUCCCAAACCGACAAGGCUGCUCCACCCAUCAGUUCCAACGCCACCGUGCCUCGAACAGAAGCAGCAGCGCAACCCACGGUUCUAUCAUCAUCAACUUGUGCUGCAGUUGCCAAGGUUCAAGCUGAAGAGCUAUUGUUCUUGACCAGGGCAGAGAAAUGCAUCCAGACCACUCCUAUGUUCUCAAUCAACCAAUAGCAGGAGAGACAAUCGAGACGACAUUCAAAGAUGGAAAAUGUGCACAAUUUGGGGCUCUGAUUAUUCAUUCAUUACUGGCUUAAGCCGACUUGUUUGCUUCUCGAUUGCAUGGUGCUGCGUCAGUCGGUCCCUCGAAGCACUACGUGACAAAAUCACACGCUGGUCAGAGGCGGGGUUCGUGGGCUUUUGACACGUUUAAAGAUGCGAAACUUUUUUGCGGGCGAUGGCGGGCAGCUGAAGUUCACGAUGAAUUGGUACAGGACGGCUUUCUGCAGUAUACAUUCAUGUAGAACAGCAGGGAGCACGAGACGCAGUAGUAAGUGCCUGAAUUUGUCUGGGCACUGUUGGCCAUGCGGCUUUAUCGUACCUUGUUCUUCUGGCAGUUUAAUCGAGGUAUAUGGUCCAGCCUUUGCAGAAGCACGCUUUUAUUUCAUGAUUUUUGCACCAGUUCGGGAAAGAUGGGGGAAAUUUUUGGUGGUGACUGAUUGAAGCGAAGCUGUAAAUGAGAAGGUGAAGAAUUUUUAUUUUUUUUUUUUUGAAGGGAAGAAGGCGGCUGAUUUCUGUCAAGGAACUGAUAAGCGGAAAGGGAGUUCCGACACCCGAGAGGUUGAUUUUUGGGUCAAUGAUGUUUUUGAUUUUUGUCCCUUAAUAGCCUCUUGUCAAAUUUUGUUAGUUCGUUUUUUUUUUUUGGAAAAGAAUUUUGUUAAAUAGUUUUAC